CCGCUUCACCCGCUUCACCCGUUUCCGGAUACUAGGGGGCAUUGCGGAACAAUCGCCUUUCCCGGUUGGCGUCCAUGUGACCGGGGCACUGCGCGCAGGGACGUGAGGGUCGCCAGCUGCAACCCGGGACGAGACCAAAAGGAGGGAGAGGUGACGUGCUGCCGAGCCAGCUCAGGCUGCCUUCCUUCCUCUUCCGCCUUCUCCUUUUAUUUAGCAUUGGCCACAGGGUGGGGCUGUAGCGGCGAAAGCGACUGAAGUCUGGGCGCACUUCUCUGAAAUCUCCCGGGGCGACCCUUACGGCAGCCGCGGGAACACAUGAAGGAAUCAAGUGUACUCUCUCAAUCUCUUUGUUUUUUCAAGUAACAAAGGAUUAAGAUGCUCUGUCUGAAAUAGCUGCAGAAUGUAAACUGAUGCUGCUGCCAUUUCCCUUGGAGUUUUAUUGAAGAGGAUCAGCAGUGGAGACGUUUCCAGGUUUCACACUAGAAGUGAAGACCGAGUUCCACGAAGGCACCUGAGAGGUGGUGCUCCUGAGACAACUUGCUGGAGUGCAGUUUCCCUAACCUACCAAUAGGCGCAGCACUCAAGAUCCCUUUAAGGAGAGUCUGAAGAGUAAACUGAAGAUUCUAAAGAGAUGGCAGAGGAAGGAUCCCCUACAAAAGCAACUCAAGGGAACAACCAGAGUAGUAGGAGGAGAAACAAGAAAGUGUGAUGCUACAGAAGGCAAUCCAACUUCUUUCCCCAGAUGUAACCAAUGCCAACAGAUGGGACUUCCGCUUCCGGCAACUGAAGCACGAGGAUCUCGUUUCCUGCCGAGCGAAAAAAAUGCGGCCUCUGACUGAAGAGGAGACCCGUGUAAUGUUCGAGAAGAUUGCAAAAUACAUCGGGGACAACCUUCAGCUGCUCGUCGAUAGGCCCGACGGCACGUACUGUUUCAGGCUGCACAACGACCGGGUGUAUUACGUGAGUGAGAAGAUCCUGAAGUUGGCCGCUAACAUUUCCGGUGAGAAGCUGUUAUCGUUGGGAACCUGCUUCGGGAAAUUCACUAAGACCCACAAGUUCCGUUUGCACAUCACAGCUCUGGAUUAUCUUGCGCCCUAUGCCAAGUAUAAAGUCUGGGUAAAGCCUGGAGCAGAGCAGUCUUUCCUGUAUGGGAACCACGUGUUGAAAUCUGGUCUGGGUCGAAUUACUGAAAAUACUUCUCAGUACCAGGGAGUGGUGGUGUACUCCAUGGCAGACAUCCCUUUGGGUUUUGGGGUGGCAGCAAAGUCUACACAAGACUGCAGGAAAGUAGAUCCCAUGGCGAUUGUGGUAUUUCAUCAAGCAGACAUUGGGGAAUAUGUGCGACAUGAAGAAACGUUGACUUAAAAUGGAGUCAUCACAAGGACUUAUGGCUAUAUGGAAAGGCCUAGAUUUGUUUCCUGUGUCUGUGUAGGUUCAACCAUGAGUUUUUUCCACUUUUCAGGGACUUCUUAGUUUCAUGUUUUCUCUAUCACUGACGAAUGCGGGCUGGAUUCUUACUAUACAGAAAUAGCCAAAAGUGGAGUUUGUGUUUAUGACUAAGUAGAAUGCCGUGUUUCAUAUUUGAAUCAGAGGGCUUCUUGUUCUGAGUAACAUGUUCUAAAUCUUUGGAACUUAGGAUGAGAAUAGCUUACUAUUGUUAUCUGUGAUAACACCUUGCUUUCCAAACUUAUGAUUACAUGAUGGGUUUUCUUUGUUUUUUUUUUUAAUAUUGUAAAAAAAAAAAGGAUAUUGCUGUUUGUGAACACUAGGCCAUAUCUGGGGUUUUACAGAUGAGAUUUAGCUAAAAUUCAAGAGCAGUUCUGCUCUUUUUUAAAAUGGUAAGUGCUUUGUGAUGCAGGGGGGGGAAAAAAAACCCUGGAUUCAAGCCUCAGUUCUGCCAUUUACCAGUUUUAUGGCCUGAGAUAAAAUGGGAUGAAUCAUUCAGAUUUUUAAGCUCAUUUUCUACUUCUGUGCAAAAACAGCCUUUAUUGUUUACCUAAGAAUGGUUUUUAGAGUUAGAGUUCCAUGAUUGUAAAGCAUUUAGCACAGUAUCGUGAUGAAUGAUGAUUGUUCAAUAAAUGUUAAGAAUUAUUUUUAUAUUGCACAUUCUUGGGUAUUUCUGUUCAUAAGAGUAGGGUCUUAUCAGUACAAUUGGUUAUGUUAUCUUGGUUUUUAUGAGCUGCUUUCUUGAUCUUUUUCUUGUAUGAUCCCAAGUGGAAAUGUUUUUUUCAUCAUCUUGAUUUCAUAAAACAUAAUUUCUCUUAUGAACUUUUACUUCUCUGGCCAGAUUGGACAAAAAGUGCUAGUCAGAAAUCCUGAAAUAAUUAUUCAGCUCCUUUUUCCUUUCCCAUGCCUCAUUUUAAAAAUAAGUUUUAGAUUAAAAUGUAUUUUUAAAAGAAGCAUUUUAUAUACCCAAAUACCAAAAAUUACCUGUAUUGUAAAACAGAACAAUUUAUUUGAUAAAUAUGCUGGUUAUUUUUCAUUGCAAAGAAAACGCCUCUAAAAACCUUUUUCAAGUACAAAAUGGCACUCUACCAACUUCUAUUUUUAUGUGCAAGCUCUAACUAGAUUUUGUCCCAUCUUUGAUUUUGUCCCAUCUUUUUUAACUCUUCUCUUUCCUAAGGUUAACCUUCAAAUAAUGCUAAACGGUGAUCAGCAUUUUGAUGAUAGCAUUUAGUGCAUACUUUAGAAAUAGCCAAACUCAAAACUUGUGCAUUGUCUUUAUUGCCAUUGUGCCUUUGUAGGUGAGGGCAAUAGACUAAAACUCGAAUAUGAGAAAUUAAUUUUCCAGUAAUUUGUAAAGCUAAUUUGUUUGUUUCUGCUCCAAAAAAGAGGCAGGGUUUUGUAAUCCUCCUAGCUUAACAUGUUGGCUUCCUUUUAUCUGUAAUUGUUGGAGCAUUGAAGAGACGCUUCAAGAAAUAUAGCUGCAGGAUCCCAGAAAGAACAAUGACAAAGCUCUGGGCUGUUGACCACCAGUUUACAUAAUUAUAGUUUGAUUGGAGAAGAAAAAAAUCAGCCAUUUUCCUCAUCCGGGCAAAGUUGUAGUACCGCCACAUGUGGAAGAUAUUGUUCUGUACCUUUCGUGUACUCUCCUGUGAGAGAGAAAUGAAAUAAAGAAAAGGAGUGCCCUCCCCCCUUUCCCAACAUCACCUGGGUACUCUAAAAGACUAACUGAAAGUAUCUAUAAGUUGAUGGUUAAUAGUUUUGCUGAAUAAGUAAAAAUGGUUAGGACUUUAAUUUUUUUUUUAAUGCUUUUUAUAAUGAAAAAUUACAGUGCUCAAACUAGAGAGCUCUUCCAGAGGAUUGCUAGAUGUAGACAUGUGCUCAGCACAUCAUUGCCUUACAAGUGCCCCUUUAUAUGCUCUAAGAUGGGCUGGCAAAAUUUUAAUGAGUAUUUUAGGCUUUACACAUCAUACAAUUUCUUGCAACUACUCAGCUCUGCCGUUGUAGUGCAAAAGCAGCCAUAGACAGUAUGCAAGGGAAUCAGCAUUGCUGUAUUCCAGUGAAACUUGAUUUUAAAAAAGGCAGUGGACUUCUGUGCAUCAAAGGACAAUAUCAAGAAAGUGAAUAGACAAUCCACAGAAUAAGAGAAAAUACAUGUAAAUUAUAUGUAAUAAAC